UUUUGAGAUGUAUAGCUAUAGGUUUAAGUGAUCAUAUAUAUGUAUAGUUCAAUUGUAUGAUAUAUAUCUUCAUUCUACCCUAAAUAGAUUAACCUUGUCUUAUAUUAUUCCGAAACACUAGAUUUAAUAUAUAAUGGGUAAAAAAGGAAAAGCAGAAGGUGGUAAUUUAGGCAAAGCUUUGAUCAGAGAUCGUUUCGGUUCUUCGAGAAAUAGAAAAAAUGUUGGCUCGUCUAUGCUUCAUACGGCUGAAAUAAACGAUGGAUACGACUGGGGACGUCUUAAUCUUCAAUCUGUUACCGAAGAAAAUUCUUUUCAAGAGUUUCUUUCUACCGCGGAAUUAGCGGGGACUGAAUUCUAUGCCGAAAAGUUGAAUAUUAAGUUCGUUAAUCCAAAGAGCGGUAUAGGAUUACUUUCGAAAGAUGAAAAAGAACAGGUAUUGGAGUCGCAAAGAAAAAAUAAAGUAUUCUUGAAAAUACCCAGAAGACCAAAAUGGGAUAGUACCACAACUGCCCAGGAACUGCAAAGUAAAGAAAGAGAAGAAUUCCUGGAAUGGAGACGUUCACUUUCUAUGUUACAAGAAGUAGAAGGAUUGAUGUUAACUCCUUAUGAAAAAAAUUUGGAAUUUUGGAGGCAGCUAUGGAGGGUUGUAGAACGCAGUGAUGUUAUUGUGCAAAUUGUUGAUGCAAGGAAUCCUUUGCUCUUUCGUUGUGAGGAUUUGGAAGAGUAUGUCAAGGAAGUAGAUCCAAAGAAAAUGAAUAUGAUACUGAUUAAUAAAGCAGAUUUCCUAACAGAGGAGCAAAGACAAGGGUGGGCAAAAUAUUUUUCAGAUAUUAAUGUCCAAGUUGCAUUCUUUUCUGCCACAUUGGCAUCUGAAGAACAGAAGGCUAAAAACAUAAUAGAGGAGGAAGGUUCUGAAGAUGAACUAGAUAGUGAAGUAGAAAGUGAAGGGAAUGAGAAUGAUCACAGUGAUGAAUCCUUAUAUAAUUCAGAAUUUGCUUCAGAAAGUGAAUAUGAAAGUGCAGAUGAUGGUAGUAAUAGCACUAAUCCAGAGAACACAGAUAACAUUUCUAAAUUAGAAGUUGAAGAACAAGUCUGUCCUGAAGGCAAUGAAUGUAAUUUACCUGCACCAGAAACUAUCAUUGAAAAAGUAGAUGAACAAAAUAAGAAAGAAGACAACACAAAAGUGCAAAAUUCAUCAGAGUUAUUAGGCAGAGAUCAAUUAGUAUCAUUUUUCAAAACAAUUUACAAAGGUGAAACAUAUACAAAAGGUGUUUCAACAAUUGGUUUAGUAGGAUAUCCAAAUGUUGGUAAAAGUUCCACAAUUAAUGCUUUAUUAAUGGACAAAAAAGUAUCAGUCUCAGCAACACCAGGAAAGACAAAGCAUUUCCAGACACUGUUCUUGGAUAAGGAUUUACUUUUAUGCGAUUGUCCUGGAUUAGUAAUGCCUAGUUUUAUUUCUACAAAAGCAGAAAUGAUUUUAAAUGGCAUAUUACCUAUUGAUCAAAUGAAAGACCAUGUACCACCAGUCACCUUACUCGGUACUUUAAUACCGCGUCAUAUUUUAGAAGAUCUUUAUGGUAUCAUGAUACCUCUACCGUUAGAAGGCGAAGAUCCUGAUCGUCCCCCAACUGCAGAAGAAAUUUUAAACGCCUACGGAUAUAAUAGAGGUUUCAUGACACAAAAUGGACAACCGGACAAUCCACGUUCGAGUCGAUACCUUUUAAAAGAUUUUGUAAACGGUAAACUACUGUAUUGUGUCGCACCGCCAACGGUAGAGCAAGAAAAAUUCCAUACAUUCCCUCCACGAAAAAGAAUUCAUUCUACGAACAAACACGUACCGAUUAAGACAAUAAGCGCAAAUAAGGGAAGUAAAGUCACUUCCGAAGAUGUGGAUAAAGUAUUUUUCCAAAACAAUAAUUCUGCCGCGCAUGUAAAGGGAGUAAUGGGAAAGAUGCACGGUAUAUGCCGUUAUGAUUCUAAGGAUACAGUAUCAAUGAUUGGUUCGACAAAGAGUUUAACACUUGAAGAGAAACCAUGGAAAAAGAUCAAUAAACAUGCAAAUAAAAAGAAACGUGAAAAAACAAGAAGAUUGUAUGCUCAUCUCGAUCGACAUUGAUUCAUGAAUAUUAGUACUAUGCGUCAUUUAAAUUGUGUGAAUCGAAGGCCUUUUCGCUAUAUAACAGCGGAUCAUAUUUUGUAAUAUACAAAUCUCCGAAUUUAAAAGUGCUCCAGAGAUUCAUAUCAAUUCUAUGUACCAGAAAUACAUUCUAACAAUAAAAUACACACACAUAUAAGGAUCACUUAUACGCGCAUAUAUUAUAAAAUUAAAAUCUUUCAUCAUUUA